UUUUGUCAGUUUGUCUGUUUGAACAGAGCUCUUAAUUCAUAUUUAGUUCUUUGUUGCUCUUACUGAGAUUUGUAAAUUGUAAUCACAAUCAAAGCUCGUAAUUUGCUUCGUGUUUGAGUGACUACUUGGGCAGAACUUGGUUAGGGUUUAUUUUGGAGCAUGAAUUGCCACCAUUUUGUUCUGGUACACGGGGGCGGCCAUGGAGCUUGGUGUUGGUACAAGGUUGUUACGCUGCUUAGAUCCGGAGGUCACACAGCAACUGCGCUCGACUUGGCAAGCUGUGGGAGGGACCCUCGGAGAGUGGAAGAAAUUCCAGCAAUUGAGGACUAUGUCGAACCUUUAUUUCAGUUCAUGGAAGGUCUCCCUGCCGGCGAGAAAGUCGUACUGGUUGGUCACAGCAGGGGCGGCAUCGACAUUUCCAUGGCCACAGAAAGGUUCCCGGAAAAAGUUGCUGUAGCUGUUUUUGUUACUGCCUCCAUGCCCAGUCCUAGUCUUGACGUCUCGACUAUCACCAAGAAGUUCAGAGAGCAAUUCGGUCCUCCGAUGGACAAUGAGUUCACUUCCGGACAAGGGAUCGAUGGUCGACCUCUUUCAAUUGCUCGGCCCGGCCCGGAGUUCAUGGCUUCGAUGAUGUACAACCUUUCGCCCCCGGAGGAUUUGACACUCGCAAGACUACUAGUGAGACCGGCGCCACAUUACGAGGAAAUUCUUAGUCCUUCGACAAAGACUGCUCUUACAGACGAGAAUUAUGGCCGUGUCCGAAGAGCGUACAUUGUUUGUCCUGAGGAUAAGGUGAUGAAGGAAGAGAUACAGAGGUGGUUGAUCGAAGAGAAUCCGCCGGACGAGGUAAGAGUGAUAGACGGCUCCGAUCAUAUGGUGAUGAUGUCGAAGCCGGAGGAGCUGUCCUCUUUCUUGAUGGAAAUUGCCGCCAAAUAUUGCCACAAUUUGAACGUAUAGAGCGUAUACAUUUAAACUGUGAUUGAACGUUAUGUUAUGAGGAACAAAAUAAUCUAUUUUUAUAGAAAAUUACAACAUAUCAAAGAGAUUAAAAGUAA